GUUGCUGACGUUGCUGACGCGACUGCGUGCGUGUCGCUGGUUCCCGUGUAGGGUUUGCCGGCGGUAUCAGCGACAAACAGUGAUGUGAGGCAAAAUAUCGUAGACUGGAAUGCACAGUUAGACACGUUGAUGUGCUCUAGACGUACUACAACCGCUCAAGCACAAGUUGUUCACUAUUUCGGCAUUUGCGCUUUGACAUGAUGAAACAGUUCCCUUGGACCGCGGCUGCUACGAAAGCGCUGAUCCUGUUUUUUCGUGACCAUGAGAACUUGUAUAACCCGGAACACAAAAUGUACAAGAACCGAAUGCUUCGUGACAAGCAUUUGGGCACUAUUUCUGCGAUCAUUGGUUGCACGCCCGAGGAAGCGAAAGCGCGGUUUCGAAACCUGAGGACGUACUUCUUCCGUGAGAACCAGAAAGUAAACGCUUCUAAACCUUCUGGAGCCGGUGCCGCUUGCGGCGAGACUUACUGCUCUCAGUGGGAGUUUUUCGAAGACCUGACGUUCCUGCGCAGUUGCCACCACCCUCGCAGUCACGCUGCCACUGGGCCGACUAGCGUUCCUCAAGGAAUCGACGAAACUUAUCCCAUAAUGGUGACGGACGACGCCAGUAACGACGCUGAUGCCGUCGCUGAAGCUGGCGACGUCAGUGGAGAGCCGGAAAUUUCGCCGGAAGACGAUGCCUAUGACGGCGAGAGUAGCAACGCUGCCGAAGUUUUAGCUGUUCUGUCGCAGGAGCCGCCCCUGAAAAAGUGGAGGAGGCAGUUUGAGGUGGCGGAACACGUCAGAAGAGAGGAGCGGGAACCUCCUCAAUCGGCGCCCUGUCGGCAGGACUCGACGAACGACGGCCCCAAGGACGAAAAUUACUACUUUGCCAUGAUGAUUGCUCAAGAGCUUCGUCACCUGGAGCCGAUAAGGAGGGACAUGCUGAAACUUAGAUUGUUGGAAACGGUGUUGCAGGCCAAGCAUAACGUCAUGUUUGAGAGGUCAGCUUCUUCUGGCUUAAACCCGCAUGGCUGAUUGGUGGCAGCGGCCGUAAUGUUGUUCGUCACAUUGUUUACGGUAUUGAGACACUGUUUUGUAGGGCCUUUUUUUUUUUUUUUUUUGUGGUGAAGGAUGUUUGUACAUGAUUUCGUCGUUUUCGUUUUCUUUUCGUGCACUGUUGCAUUGUGUUGUAAUUGUUAACCACGAAGCUGCCGGUUGCACUACGACACAAUUUUUUGUAGUUUUUUGAACAGUGUCAUCGCUGAGGUGGCCAUGUACUGAUUAUAUAAUAGCGUACGCAUACCUCCCCAUUUCCUGUUGACGUUGAGAGCAGUCUAGGGUUCAACACGCGUUCAGCGUUCGCUGUAUUAUACGGACGAACCACCGAUGCUUUUCUUGUGAUCUCUAGCAACGCAUGACACGUUGCUCUCUAGCAGGAAACAACAGCGCGUGACACGAAAUGGGAAAAGCAAAUGCAAGCGCAAGCAUUGCAUUAGCCUCGUCUUCGUGUGUUGCUAUUUCCUUCUAAUAUUCAAGCCCAACUACCUCGUCGCAGCAACGCAGAUCUCGGCUCUUCGUAUGAAAUGACGUAUUCUUACGUAGUACACACACACAACAUGCAAAAGCACAUGCAGUAACAAGUAACUAAAGUGUCAGGUUACACAUUCUCCGACUGCAUUGGCAGCCGGCAUCAUUGUAAGUCAAAAAAUGCACCAAACGCAGUACUUCUCUUCCUCUUUAGAACUGUUAUGUUGGAGUGGUAUACGCAGCGUUGUCUUAUUGGUCAUUGCAAAGCGGUGAGUGGCAUGUUUUCUGUUCAGCAAUCCAACCAUUUUCAUCCUAAGGCUUUGAAGGACAGGCUUCCUCGUCCACAAAUCUGAUGCGAGGCGUGCCUCGGCCUGCAGCUACCGGUGCUUCAGGCAUAGCGUCCUAGACCUAACUGCGGCCUAAACAGUAAACAUUCGUUGCAGCAUUGCGGAGAAAAUGAGUUACUUUUCAUAUAGCUGCGGCAACUUGCCUUAGUUAUCGACAGCGGUAUCAUUUAGCGAGCGCUGUUUUCGCUUUCCGAGCGCGCGUGGACAUUGCACGAAACAAUGUUUCCAAAGGAGAUGUUACGGCGCUAGCAGCUAGCGACAUUGUGUUUCUCAAGGAGCCCACCAGAAGUCGGCCUCAGACAACCGGAAGUUGAGGUGUCUUCGAAACCGUGAGAACAAUAAAAACCCAUCUAAAAGGAAGUAAUGGUUGAAGUUCAAAAUUGCAUAGGAUAGAUAUGAUAUAGGAUCAUAAGGUUAGUUAAGGAAAGGGCCAAUUAACCGUCAGGUCUUUCUCGUCAUUAUGAUGAUUAACUAUCAUCAUCAGCAAUGGCUCGAGCGUCGUCGUCGUCUUCCACAGCUCGUUCGUUGGCUUCCCUCGGCGCAACCGCGCGAACGCGCUCGUGCCACUGCUCACGCAUUCGUAUUCGUCGCCUCUACCACAGCUGGCUCCGUUGCCGCUCAUCAUUCCAUGCAGCGUAGAAUUUCACUUCUCGUCUGUCUAGGGACUAGCUAGCGCCAUUAAAGACACUUAAAGGGAACAUUAAGGUCGCCUAAAGUUUUUUAGUGCUCACUGGACCGCUUUCACGUAGUAUGUGGGCGCUUGCGAAAUGAGGUCCUCCGACAUGUUGUCAAGGACACACACACACACAUAUACAGGGUGUUUCAGCGAACACUUUCAAAAUUUAUUUAAGGUUGCCUGUGGUAGAUAGCCCAAUUCUAGUUAAUGAGCUGGUCUGCCCGAAGAGGCGGACAUUAUUUGCACAAGAAAUUGAAAUGCAUAAUCGACUAAUCAACAAAAGUUCACUAAAGUAUUUAACUAAUUACCUGAUGGCCCAUAUUGUAAUUUACAAAUUGUAGCCGUGGAGUUCGCAAGGCGGAUCCACUUGGAAUUAAUUCUCAGGAUGACACCAGUUUCGAUAUAUUAAUUCCCGAACUUUGCGGAGAAAUGCAUUGGCGUUCCAGUUAAUUUUGUGCUUCAAUGCAUAAAGCGACGUUUUGUUAAGAAACUAACUGCAACGCCAAUGCAUUUCUCCUGCAAAGUUCGGGAAUUAAUAUAUCGAAACUGGUGUCAUCCCGAGAAUUCGUUCCAAGUGGAUCAGCCUUGCGAACUCCACGGCUACAAUUUGUAAAUUGCAAUAUGGGCCAUCAGGUAAUUAGUUAAAAACUUAAUUAGGUUAUUUUGUUAAUUAGUCGAAUAUGCAUUUCAAUUUCUUGUGCAUGUAAUGUCCGCCUCUUCGAGUAGACCAGCUCAUGAACUAGAACUGUGCUUUCUGCCACAGGCAACGUUUAAGAAUUUUAGAAAGUGUUCGCUGAAACACCCUGUAUAUAUAUCAGGAUAGAACGAUGUAUUCUCUAGUUGUGAGAGGAUGAAAAGCCGCAAAAAUAUAAUAGCCCACUUUCGAGCCCAACAUUGCGAUUCUUUUCUUUAGAUGCAAAAAGCGACAAAGCAAAAUCAUUUCAAAACAACUUUAUUUACAACCAGGAAGCAUGCGUAAGUCGCUGGUUUCGGCAAACAUGCGUCGGUUUUUUUUUUUUUUUUUUUUCUUUUG